AGUUAUAAGAAAAAAUUUUAUUUAGAAGAUUUGAUUUAUCGCAAAAAAAAUGAACAAUUGAGAGAGGGAAGUUUUUACUUGAUGAGUUUUACUUACAAUGAGAUUAUUACCAUAAUCCAGAGCAUAAAUAAAUCGCAAUGAAAAGGAUGCAUAAAACACUAAUGUUUUACUUCAAGGGAAAAAUUUUUUCGGACCAAUCAUCGCGAUCGUUUAAAAAAAUGGAUUCGUCCCUUCGGGUUGGUGCUGUUUUCCGUGCAGAAGAUUCAAAUACCCAUCGACAUAUGACAGAAUUUGUUGGAGUCGAUCUAGAGAUGGCUUUUAAUUAUCAUUAUCAUGAAGUUCUCGAUGUACUUGAUCGUCUAUUUGUGGCCAUUUUCAAGGGAUUGUCCAUUUUGUACAAGGAAGAAAUUGAGAUUGUCCGUCGACAAUAUCAUUCGGAACCAUUUAAAUUUUUAGAACCAAGUUUACGUCUUGAUUUUCCCGAAGUGGUUCAAUUAUUACGUGAGGCUGGUGUAGAAAUGGAUGAUGAAGAUGAUCUAACAACCGCUAAUGAAAAGUUACUCGGAAAGUUAAUCAAAGCCAAAUACGAUACUGAUUUUUUCAUCGUUGAUAAAUUUCCCUUCAAAAUCCGACCCUUUUACACUAUGCCCGAUCCAACCAAUUCUGUAAGUUAAUCAUGAGACUUGUUGACUUGAUUACUUUUUGGAUUCGCCGUCUUUUCCUGGUUAUCCUUUGUGACGUUUUCUCCACAAUAAAAAUAAUCUGAUUGUGACGAUGUUAAUCAUUCUUGCCAUUUGUGACCUCAACUAGAACCAAUUGUUUCCUUGAUUGUUACCCAAUUUACUUAAUAUACACAGGGUGGGAAAUCUCGUAUGGUUGGUUGUAUCAUUUGAGUUUAAAUGCAAAGUGGGAAAGAGGAGCUUUUUAUCAUCUUGACACGAAUUAAGUUAA